CGGCUUGCGAGAUCCAGCUCAUCUCGACAGUGCGGCGCAGCACUGCGUGAGUCGAUGCGAAGUCUGUCGAAGAGCAGGGUGUUUGCAAUUCCCCUUUGCAGUUCCCCUCGUUCUGUGAUAUCUUGUGUUGAGAGAGGAAAGGUCAAGCAAGACGAGUGGAAUCGUAGAGAUGCAGCAUCAGUUGGGAAGGGGAAGAGUUGCAGUCGACAAGUCGAAUCUUUUGUGGAAGGAAGAAUCCUGACAGGUCACAUGAGCACGUCAACUUCCAUCUUUUUUGUUUAUGUUUACGAGGAAGAAAACUGCUUAUCGGAAAUGCCAAAUGGGUAUUCGUUGAAUGCCUGGUGCGGCUUUUGGAUGGUUUAUCUGAUCGGCUAUAUACAGGCGAGGGUUUUAAUUACCCACCGCAAAGCUAUAGACUAAGAAGAAGAGGGUGGAAGAGGCGCUUGGCCAGAGAUCGAUCCGGUCAUUCAUUCAUUCGUGCACCUGGUGUGCUCGUGAAGAUAGCAGGGAACACUCUGACCUGCAGAGCUGACCUGCAGAGUAGAGGUAACAGCAGGGGGAAUUUCAUGAGGAACCCUCGUCAGGGUUCGACGGCGGCGGCUCAACGGUAAACUCGACCGAUGUGUCGCCCUCCCCU